CCCCACAUGUUAACCCCUUCCUGCCCAGUGCCAUUAGUACAGUGUCAGUGCUUUUUAUUAGCACUGAUCACUGUAUUGGUGUCACUGGGGAUGCCAGUGACACCAAGACAGCCCCCCCCCCAGUGUCAGAAUGCCUGCUGCAGUCCUGCUAUAAGUCGCUGAUUGCUGCCAUUACUAGUAUAAAAAAAAAUAUUAAAUUCCAGUAUACAGUAUAUACUGCCAUUUGUAGACACUAUAACUUUCAUGUAAACCAAUUAAUAUACAAUUAUUGGAAUUUUU